UGUGGAACCGCGGCCCCGAGCUGCGGAGCGGAAACGAAAGCGAAAGCGUCCAGCGGCGGGCAUCAUGGCGGCGUCCCCGCUCCUAGUGCAGCUCCGUCCCGUGCCCGACCCUAGCGAGAAGACGAUACGCAAGGUCCAUAGCUACUUUCAGUCAGGGAAGCGGUCGGGCGGCGGUGAAUGCGAGGUGCGGACGGGCUCCGAGCCCGGCACCUACUGGGUGCAGUUCCAGAAGGAGCAAGAUAAGAAGAAUGUGGAAUCCCGCACGGAUCACAUCUUGGAAAUGGGUGGCAGACGGCUUAACAUAGUUAUCCAGCCCGUAGAGGGGAGCCUGAGCCAGAGCCCAUUUACAGAGCAGGGAGACCCCAGCCACUCCAUCCCUUCCAGCUCUUCCUCACCUCGGCAGGAGCAGCAGGCAGCCAGUGGCCAUGGAGACACAGCCGGAGAACUAAUUUCCAAAAAGAUAUUUCUUACAGUAUCUGCAACUUUGAAUAGCAGUAUGUUCUCUGAAGAGGAAAAGGAAAAAAUUACCAUUCUAUGUCCAAAUUUAAAAAGAGAAGGAAAUCCUAGUAUUGAUGGCUGGGAGAAGCUGACAGGAGAUUUUACAGAUAUUGAAAAAGCUUAUCACUACUUUCAGGAUAUCCUGGCAGGCAAUGACCCACGCCAUGAUUUUUCACAGUCUGAAAGCAAGAACGGUUUGAAAGCUGAAAAUGAUCUGGAUACUGAAGAGCUGAAUGUGGUUAGAGUUCCAUCAGUUCUCUAUGAAUAUUUCAGUUAUGUUUUCCCCCAGAAAAUCGAAGAAACAUGCGAACGUUACAGAGUGUGUAUCAGCAGUAAAGAUGAAAGUGGAAACACAUUACUGUGCUUCACUUCUGAUAAAAGUCCUGCAUCGAUACAAACAGCUGUGGAUUUUUUCAUCAAAACUUUUCAGCGAAGUGUACUAAAUCUGAAACAAGAAAAAAUUCCAGUAGCAGACAGCCUCACAAUAACUGACACAAUAAGGAAUUUAAAUGCUAAGUUCAGUCAUCUUCUUGUCAAGGAGGAAGGGAAUUGUUUGUUACUCCGUGGUCCAGAGAGUGAGCUUUCAGACGCCAAAAUAUUUUUAGACAACCAAGCUGAAAAGAACAUAAAAAUGUCAUCUGAAUUGUACCAAUACAAGAAUGGAAUUGAAGUAGAUUCUUCUGUGUUUAAAUUGUUUGAAACAAUACUAAGCAAAGAAAUUGAAGUUAUUAAAGACAAUUUUGAUACAGUAAUGGAAAAGAAAGAGAGUCCAUGUGGCCAGAAGAUGCUCAUAGUAUUUAGGCCUAGGAUCAAAACUAAUGAUAUGUCUUCACAUGCUACUGAAAGUUUCAUCAAUGCACUUCAGAGCGCUUCUGCAAUGUUAAGAUCAAAACUUCCCAGUUCAAGGGUUUCAGAAGAUCAGAAUAAAAGAGUAAAUGUACUACUGAAUGGGAAACAAUUAGAAGGUCAGCAUGGAAAACUUAAGAAGGAAGGCAAAUUCCAUCUUAAAGCUGCUGAAAAGGACACUAUGAAUGUUCUUAUCACUGAAGAUUCACCGCAAACUGAAAAGAAGACACCACUGUCCUCUUAUCCCAGCUAUCAAGAAGCUACAAGAGCAUCUGAGAUAAAAUACAGUGGCAGGCAAAAGAAUAAUCUAUCUUCUGAAGGGCAGGCUGAGGCAAAGACAGAAGAUGACAAGUGUCCAAUUUGCAUGGACAGAAUUAAUAAUAAAGAAAUACUGAGCAAGUGCAAACAUGCCUUUUGCAAGAGUUGUGUCAAGAAAGCCAUGAGUUAUAAGAAAGCUUGUCCUGUGUGUCAGACUGCUUAUGGACUUGUGGAAGGAGAUCAACCGAAAGGAAGUAUGUCAACUACCACGAUCCCAGACUCUCUCCCUGGUUAUCCCCAUCAUGGUACUAUUGUGAUUACAUAUGCUAUGCAGAGUGGCAUUCAAACUAUCAACCAUCCAAACCCAGGAAAACCUUAUUCUGGAACUUAUCGAAUAGCAUAUUUACCUGACAAUACAGAAGGGAGAGAAAUUUUGCAGCUCCUCAGAAGAGCCUUUAAUCAAAAACUGAUUUUCACAGUGGGGCAGUCACGUACUACUGGUGAGGAAAAUGUCAUCACAUGGAAUGAUAUUCACCACAAAACUUCUAAAACUGGAGGACCUAUCAUUUUUGGUUACCCUGAUCCUGAUUAUCUGCAGCGAGUUCGUUCAGAAUUGAAAGCAAAAGGAAUCGAGUAAAGAAAUUUAUCAUCUGUCAGCUCUUAAGUGUCCUGAACAUGUAGCGGGUAAUUUACUGGUCAAGUACUAAGAAGAAAGAAUUUACUUUGUUCAGCUGUGUUAAAGCUCUUCAUUUCUCAGUCACCUAAGAAAAGAAACCUUUUCUUAUCAAACAAUACGUUCUUUUUACACACAGCAUCAGUCCUUACUGCACGUAUCAAAGUGUGUACCUCAUUUUACCAGUUAAUCUGACUUGCAUUUUUUCUCUCUUCAGUUUGACCACCAAAACCAGUAGAUCCACUACUACCUUUUAUCUGAUCAAACACUUGAUUUUAGUUUUGUCUUACUAUGUCUGUCCUCAUGGAUAGCAUCAUGUAACCCAUCUGUUGGAAAAUUUGUAUGCAGCUGUUAGAAUAUCAGCUUUGAUCAGGCUAUGAUCUUCUGCUUCUUUUUCUUUGCAGGGUAGAAAUAGCAUUAGUGGUUUGGACUUUUGAACAUGGAAUUAGUAUGGAUAAUGUGUAAGGGGGUA